AUGACCGACGCGACGCCUAAAAUCAAAAUACUGAAAGGUGCGGCUGCAGAUCUCUCAGCCGCCACGUACCAGAUCCACGACGAAUCACAUACCGUUGGCAACGCCUUACGAUGGAUGUUGAUGAAAAACCCCAAGGUUGAGUUUUGCACCGACUUGCUUUGUCUUGUCGCUUCUCAGCUGUCACCCCUCCCCUUCAUCAUCAUGAUCACAUCACCUGCGUCGCAUGCAUGGCGGGCAAGUCACCACCACGUACCAUUAUCCCAAUUAAUGCCCUCAAAAAGCUUUGAACCCAUUUCUAAUUUCCUUCGCCGUAGCGCGCCCCAUCCAUCCGAAAACGUCAUCAACGUUCGCAUUCAGAUGUACGGUACGAACCUCCUGCAUUGUCCUUGCCGCCAAUUGCCCAUAAAGUGUCACCCAGACAACCUCUCUUCCCUGCAAGCCUUGACUACGGCUUUAUCUGACCUCGAUUCCCUCUGCGAGACUGUGGAAGAUACAUACCUCACUAGUUUGAGGGAAGAUAAAUUUGAACGGUGGGAGGAGAAGAGCUAA